AUGUUCCCUGACGAGCUCAAGGGACUCACGCUGGUCGAAGAGAAGCUCGUCUCGCUCAACUCCUGCUAUGGGCACGUCAAGGGCCACAUCACAGUGUUUCCCAACAACGUGCAGGAGCUGGCGACCAGGUGCUCCCGCACCCCUUUGCAAGCACUGGACGAGAUCCACGUUUCGUGGCAGGGCGUGGAGAAGCCGGCACCGAGCGACCUGUCGAGUCUCUUGUCGGUGAGGCGGCGGGUCGUCGAGAGGGCUCUUGUUUGGCUGAAGAGGAGCAACCCCCACUACGCCGAGAUCGAGAUCGACGUGGCGGAGAUGGAGAGUUGGGGAGACCCGAUAGACGGGGUGCCGGCCUUGGUGUAUGAUCGCAUGGAGCGGAACGAGCCGUCCGCAUGGGAGAAAACGCGGACGGCGCACGUUGUGCCGCCCACGGAGCGCGCCAUGGACGACGAGGGGUCGGUGGAGAUCGAGGAACUCUUCGCUCUGCUCAACCAAAGGCAGGAAACGGGAGGCGAGGCUGAAGGGCACGGGCCCAACGAAGAAGGCGCGGGUCGUGAUGGAGUUGGUGCUAGCCCCGAUCAGAACGUUCGACCAAUCAACGAGGUGACGUCUUCCGGCAUGUUUGGGCUGGACGGACCGCCAGACGUGGCGGAUGUCGAGAAGCUGCGGUUUGCCUGUGACGCUGUUGGCGCAGGUGCCGACGACGGCCGCGCGGGCCGAGAACGUGGGUCGGAUCCUCGGUGGGGUCGAGGGCGUGGCGACGAUGGCAGUGAGCCAUACAUUCGAGUCUCGCGGGGGGAUGAGUUUGCCGACUCCUUUGAGACGUCCUUCUUCGCCAGAACGUUCCCGACCCUGUUCCCAUUUGGCGUUGGGGGACCAAGAGCUGCUGAGGCAGGGGCGGCAGCGGGAGACAUCGUAUCCUCCCGAAGCUUGAACCUCCGGAUUUGGGCCGACAUCGUGCUCCGGCGCCAUGGUGGCCGGUUUGCGUUGCACCACAUAUUUGCAUUUCUCGUCUUCAACAUGGGGGUGCGGUCGAGGAACCGCCGCGUCAGCAUGCUGAGUGUGGCGAGGAAGGACUUCGGCAAGGUCGAGCGCGUUGCCCGCUCGAUGACCGCGCAAAGGUUAGCGGCGGCGAGGGUCGAGUUGGAGAGCUCGGGCAAGACGACCGAUGAGGGCGUGAAGGAGCUUCUCAGGAGCCUCUCGCUGUACGGCCACCGGCAACCCAUGUCGAGAGAGGUUCGGCUCAAUAUGCGGCGGAAAAUCCAGUCGCUCAUCGUUGGCUACGGCGUUCCGGCCAUCUGGUUCACCAUCAACCCAAACGACAUUACGAACCCGGUGAAGCUGCGACUGGCGGCAUAUCGGACACGCGAUCCCGGCGCGGCCGAGGAGUUCCUAGAAGGCCUUGGGAGUGCGUACAAGCGGACAAGGCUGGCCAUGUCCGAUCCGAUGAGCGCCGCCGUAUUCUUCCACCGGGAGAUGAAGCUGUUCUUCGAUCAUUACGUGAAGGUCGGAGAAGACUCGAUGCUUGCCGACAUCCACGGGGAGGAUCAGGCGGCGUAUCGCGAGCGAAUCAUACGAUACGUCGAUAGUGUCUUCUCCGAGGAUCUGGAUCAGGAAGGGUUCUGCGCCGUGCAAGCGGAGCGAUCUGUGACGUCCGAUAUUUCCUCCCUGCUGGACAACACCGAGCAGUUUUCGGCCGCAUUUGACGAGGAGGCCAACUUCUGUGCCGGCGCUACACAGAUCCGGAGGACUCACAGCAUGGUCAAUCGAUGGAACAAGGCUAUCGCUGUUGGGCUCCGGCACAACCACGACAUUUCCUUCAUUGCGACGCAGCGCAAGACCAUGGCCCUUAUGUAUUAUGUCACGAACUACGCGACGAAGGUGGAGGACCCGGUGUGGAAGCGUGUGGCGGCCGCGGCCGAUCUCCUGGCCGCCUCAACGGGUGACGGCACGGCCAACGGAGGACAGGACGACGGUGGAGGUGCUGUCGAGGUCGUCGCUCAUCUUCUUGGAUAUCCGGCCGAGUUCACCAACAGCAGCGCCUGGGCGUACCUGAACACAUCUCUGCUGUACUGGGAAGUCUUUCGACGGUGGCCGUAUCUCCGACGAGCAAGUGGCGCGGCGGCCAUAGAUGAUACUCUGGAUGAGUCGGUGCUCAGGCGGCCGGGCAAGCAUGCUACCGUCUGCCUCGAUGGCUACCUGAGCAAGGACUUCGGCCACAACGACGACGAGGAGUCGUGCCACCGGAGGGCAGCCGUGCAGCAUCUUGCGCUAUUUGUGCCGUGGGAGUCCUUUCUGUGCGAAGAAACAGGUGAGAUCAAUAGCAUCUGGGAGCGGGCGCGAGAGGCGCUGGCCCCGAGAAUAUCAUGUCUCGUCGACAACGUGCAGCUGCUUCGACGAUCAGCCGAAGACGCAAAGCGCGACGCCAAGCAAUGGGCGGCCUCAUCCGGCGAUGGCGAUUCCACGGUCGCCCACGUCGAGGAGGGCGAGACAGGCGAGGCGGGCGCAGAAUUUGCAGCGACGUAUCGGUCCAACAACAUCGGAGACGCAACGCGCCUGAUCGACGUCGUCCGAGGCGCAGUGGGCACGAAUCAGGUGACGGCCAAGUCGCCGGAGCUCAUGGCAAUGAUGCGGCAGCUCUGUCGAUUCCAGCAAUCGGCGCUCUGCUCAACGGCCGAGCUCGAGGCCAUCGCGAUUCCCGAACAAGGGUUGAGGUGCAUAAGCAUGCCAGGGCGGGUAUUUUCCGGGGCCGCACUACCGCCGCAGGAUCAGGUCAAGGCUAUCAAGUCGCAGCAGAUAAUCGCAGUCCGGGAAAGCGAUCGCCGAGCUGCGUUGCGGAGGGUGAUGACCGGCUUCGGGGAGGACGACGUCGAAAUGACGACAGCCGACUCCGACGAGACGGCUAGCGACGCAGAAGCGGGAAUGCGCGUCCAGUUUGGCCCAUCGACCUCCUUCUUCGCGGCGGGCAAGGAGUUGUCAACACGGCUAACGCUGAACAAGAGGCAGUCGAUCGCUUUCCUAAUAAUAUGCCGCCAGCUCGAUUUGAUGCGACAAACGAAUAGGGGCGAUGCCGGCCAGCUCUGCCAGCUCGUCGGCGGCGAGGGGGGCACCGGCAAGUCGCGGAUCAUUGGGGCACUCGUCGAGCUGUUCAGUGGGAAGAGCCUUUCGAAUCGUCUGCUGAUCACGGCGACGUCAGGGACUGCCGCGGCGCAGAUCAACGGCAUCACGAUCCACUCCGCCUGCGGGUUCACUAAAGACCAAGGGGCGGGCGGCGCGAACACAGCCAAGGACCUUGACGGGGUGCGGCUGACAAAACGGGCGGAGCGGUUCAUCCACGGCCAGUCUCGGAUGGACUGGCAGGAGAAGGACGUGCUUGUCAUCGACGAGAUUUCGGGGAUCCCCAUCGUCCUCUUCUGCGGAGACUUUCAGCAGUUCCGGCCGGUCCAGAGAGACAACUCGUUCAAGGCCGAGCAGCGGCACCAGCACGACAAAGCGCACGCGCUGUGGAAGAGAUUCACGACGGUCGUCAUGUUGAACGAGCAAAUGCGCGCCGGGGAUCCGGAAUUGCAGGGGCUGCUGAAGCGGAUCCGGCAGGGUGUGCAGGACCGCACGGAUCUGGACCUCCUCAACUCAAGGAAUCGGUGGAACCUAAACAUGGAGGCAAGCUUGGCGUUCCGGGUCCAGCAGCGGUCGACGAUGCGCAUCUUCAUCUCCGAGCACAAGUGGAAGGAGGGCCUGCCGACCGAGGAAGAAGCGAUCAUGAUACUCAAUCAAGGCGACGAUAGCGCGAUCCCCGUGCCGGCCGUCUUCAUGUUCGUGGCCGGGAUGCCGGUCGUCGUGAACCACAACACCCAUCAGGGGCUGAAGCUGGUGAACGGCGCCGGCUACUCGGCGGUGGAGGUCAUUGUCGACAAGGCGUCCCCAGGGCAUCGAAUCUCGUCCGACAUGACGAUCCACUUCGGGCCGCCGGCGGGGAUAUUACUGGAAUCGGCGACGACAAAGGACCUCCACUUCAACGACGUCAGCCGGAAGGGAUUGCCGUGCGCAGCAGCCUUCGCCUGCACGGACUACAAGGUGCAGGGCAGAACGCCAGAGCGCGUGGCCCUGGAGCUGCGGGGACACGGACGACGAAAGUCGAUGGAAGGGCCGUGCCCUCGCAAUGCGACCCGUACAGCUUAUAUGUGCAGCUAUCGCGCUGUCGAACGCUAG